AUGCCUCCCAGAAGAAAACGCCACCAGACAUCCCAGAAAGCCCAGCUGCUAUUCCACCAACAGCCUGUGGAGGGCCCCAGACACCUCUAUAGAUCGCCACAGCUUCCCAUCACCCACACUAGACAGGUGCCCAGCAAGCCCAUUGACCACAACACCAUCACUUCCUGGGUAUCACCUCAGUUUGAUACAACAGCAGAAAGCUGGUUCCCAGCCAACAGGAAAGGGAAGCAUCAUCACCGAGACCAGGCAAGACGUUCCGAUCGAAAAUCUGCCACCUCCAAGUUUCCACAUCUAACAUUUGAGAGUCCACCAUCUUCUUCCAGUUCAGCCACACUCGGAGGCCCCUUAAUCCAGCAGUGCCCCAAUCAUUCAGUAAAGGACAUUUCCAAAAGGCCCUUAGUUCCAAUGCUCAGCCCCCCAAGCUGUGGGGAAAUGUCAACACAUGCACUUCAAAACUUACCUUAUAUGUUCAUUGCACCUGAUAUCCAGACCCCAGAGUCAUCUCCUGUGAAGCAAAGGCUGCUUGCCCCAGAUCAUAAGGAAAACAGCCUGCCAAGCAGUUCCCUUCACUCUAGCACUUCUGAGAGCCCAGAGCCUGGGCCUGUUCUGGUUAAAGACACCCCUGAAGAGAAGUAUGGGGUGAAGGUCACGUGGAGGAGACGACGGCACCUGUUCACUUACCUCAGGGAGAGAGGGAAGCUCAGCAAAAGCCAGUUCCUUGUGAAAAACUGA